AUGUGCCACCACGCCGUUCAUCUUAGCUUUGGCAAUCUCGUGGAUAUCAGAAUCCGCAACUGUGGCACAGAUGAGCUCCUUCAGCAUAUGACUGAUAGUUCGAGGGGAAUCAGACGCCUCAGUAUUGUGUUUUCAGCUUACAUAACAAUGGAGGGAGUGGGUAAAGUGGCUUCAAAGAUUCCGCUGUUGGAGGAUCUUGAAAUCUCAUACACCCCAAAGCAGGGGCGUAGGGAAGAGGGGGAAGGGGAUCGUUUCGAACCCAAUGACAAUCGUGAUGCAUUUGCGAUAGCCGGAACAAUGCAUCGGUUACAGAACCUCCAGCUUUUUGGGAAUUGGCUGGACCAUGAGGGUUUACACGCCAUUCUUGAAGGUUGUCCGAGUCUUGAAUCACUUGAUCUCCGUCAAUGUAUACAUCUUCGUCCUUCGAAGCAAUAUGGUUGGCGCGUCCGGUGUGAAGAACAAAUUAAGAAUCUGAGGCUUCCUGUGGACCCUAUAGAUGAUUAUGAGCAUAUUGUCAUUCAUAGAAUUGUUAACAGAAAAUACUGGGAAUAUAUGAAAGAUAUGAUGAUCUAG